AUGAUUGGAUUUAAAGAUGAGCCCAAUGUUGAAUACAAAGAUAAUAUCGAUGACAAUAAUGACGAUGACAUUUAUAGACACGUAAUCAAACAAUGGUAUAACUUCCCAAAACACGAUAAGUGGUUUAAUAAUAAAGAAAUUUCAAUGUUCGACAACCGUCUUUUGCAUGAAAUUAAUGAAAGAUGGAUAAUUGAUACAGUAAAUAGCAAUAACAAUUAUUCUGGACUUGAAAUGCCUGAAAUUUAUGAUCCUUCGAUGGGUCAGAGUCAGGUUAUCAAAAAAAUUUUUGGUUACAAAAAAAAUGGAUUUUUCAUAGAAUGUGGCGCUUACGAUGGGGAAACAAGAAGUAAUACAUUAAAUCUUGAACGUUAUUAUAAUUGGACUGGAUUAUUGAUUGAAGCUGAUCCAAUUAAUUUUCGAAAAAUGAUUGAUAAGAAAAGACGUGCCUAUUUAUCACCAACAUGUUUGAGUUUGAAACCAUAUCCUAUGAAUACUUCUUUUUUAAUGGCAAAUAAUAUCGGUCGAAUUCAUCAACCCAAUGAAUUAACAAGUAAAAUAGAGAAUACAAAAGACGUAGCUCAUAAUGGUAAACAUGUUGACGUCCAGUGUUUUCCUCUCGCCUCAUAUAUUAUGGCGUUAAAUAUCACAUCCGUCGAUUAUUUUAGCCUUGAUGUUGAAGGGAGUGAAAUGGAAGUUCUUCAAACCAUUCCAUUUAAUCUCGUCGACAUAAAGACACUUUCCGUUGAAUAUACGCAUGUGGAAAAUGGAAAAAACCGCAUGAUAAAGUUUAUGGAAAAUAAUGGGUAUUAUUCUCAUUCAUUUGUUAAAAAAAAUUAUAAUUUAGCAAAUGAUAUAAUAUUUGUCAAA